CGUCCCAUCACUUUUAGUGAAAGGGAGGAAAGAAACAUUAGGGAUGCAAGGAGAGGCAAGCCCUAGUGCUUCCCUUAUUGACAGAACCAUCAAGAUGAGAAAAGAAACAGAAGCCAGAAAAGUGGUUUUAGCCUGGGGACUCCUAAAUGUAUCAGUGGCUGGAAUGAUAUAUACUGAAAUGACUGGAAAAUUGAUUAGUUCAUAUUAUAAUGUGACUUACUGGCCCCUCUGGUAUAUUGAGCUUGCCCUUGCAUCUCUCUUCAGCCUUAAUGCCUUAUUUGAUUUUUGGAGAUACUUCAAAUAUACUGUGGCCCCAACAAGUCUUGUAGUUAGCCCUGGACAACAAACACUUUUAGGGCUAAAAACAACUGUUGUACAGACUACUCCUCCACGUGAUCUGGCAUCUCCCCAAAUCCCCCCCUCUCCACCUUCCCCUCCAAUUCAGGGUCAGAGUGUAUUGAGUUAUAGUCCAUCUCGUUCACCUAGUACCAGUCCCAAGUUCACCACCAGUUGUAUGACUGGAUAUAGCCCUCAACUACAAGGUCUGUCCUCAGGUGGCAGUGGUUCGUACAGCCCUGGAGUGACCUACUCACCUGUCAGCACUUACAAUAAGUUGGCAGGCUUUAGUCCUUCUCCUUCUUCUCCGUACCCUACCACUGUUGGCCCAGUGGAGAGCAGCGGCUUGAGAUCUCGAUACCGUUCUUCACCCACUGUCUAUAACUCACCUACUGACAAAGAGGACUACAUGACAGACCUGCGGACUUUGGACACUUUUCUUAGAAGUGAAGAAGAGAAGCAGCAUAGAGUUAAGCUGGGAAGCCCAGAUUCUACGUCUCCUUCUACUAGUCCUACUUUCUGGAACUAUAGUCGUUCUAUGGGGGAUUAUGCACAAACUUUAAAGAAAUUUCAGUAUCAACUUGCCUGUAGGUCUCAGGCCCCAUGUGCUAACAAAGAUGAAGCUGAUCUCAGUUCUAAACAAGCUGCAGAAGAGGUUUGGGCAAGAGUGACUAUGAAUAGACAACUUCUUGAUCACAUGGAUUCUUGGACAGCUAAGUUUAGAAAUUGGAUCAAUGAGACAAUAUUGGUGCCACUUGUACAAGAGAUUGAGUCUGUCAGCACCCAGAUGAGAAGAAUGGGUUGUCCGGAGCUACAAAUAGGAGAGGCCAGUAUUACCAGCUUGAAACAGGCUGCCCUGGUCAAAGCCCCUCUCAUUCCAACUCUGAAUACAAUUGUGCAGUAUCUAGACCUAACACCAAAUCAGGAAUACUUGUUUGAGAGAAUCAAAGAACUUUCUCAGGGAGGCUGUAUGAGCUCGUUUAGAUGGAAUAGAGGUGGAGACUUCAAAGGACGAAAAUGGGAUACAGAUCUGCCCACUGAUUCUGCUAUCAUCAUGCAUGUAUUUUGCACCUACCUUGAUUCCAGAUUACCUCCACAUCCCAAGUACCCUGAUGGAAAAACAUUUACUUCUCAGCACUUUGUUCAGACACCAAAUAAACCAGAUGUUACAAAUGAGAAUGUUUUUUGCAUUUAUCAGAGUGCUAUCAAUCCUCCACAUUAUGAGCUAAUCUACCAGCGUCAUGUCUACAAUCUUCCAAAGGGCAGAAAUAAUAUGUUUCAUACUUUGUUAAUGUUCCUCUACAUCAUAAAGACCAAAGAGUCAGGAAUGCUUGGGAGAGUUAAUCUUGGUCUAUCUGGUGUGAAUAUCUUAUGGAUUUUUGGCGAGUAGUUGGUUAUUUAAUUCCAAACAUUUGGACUUUUAUUUUAUUGAACCAAGCUGAAUUUAAGCAUCUUUGAGUCAUUCUCUCUCCUGAAAUAAGAUACAUAUGUGUAUACGUUAUAGAUUCCUUAGAUUUAACCAAAAAAAUUAGCUAUUGUGAAACUUUCUUGUGAAAAUAUACUCUAUAUCUUCUACUUUAAAAACAUUAUCUUUGAUUUUAUGUUGCAUUUCAGAAAUUUGAAUUGACUAUAAAACUGUAACCCUUUGGAUUUUUGUUGACACAAAGUAGAGCAGUUCCUUUAAUUAAAUAAAUUUAAGAACCCUUUUUCUUUGUAACAGGAAUGAUCUACCUCAUUCUUCCACCA